CAACAACCGAGACUAACAAUCACCAACACGAUAGCAACACUCGCGUCAUCAACUCAAAGAGACACAAAUCGAUAAACACAGACAUCACAGUUACAUCUUUCUCUGGAGGUGUACCUGAAAAUCAACUCGGAGCUGAAAUAGGAACCAACAGCAUCUUGCUUUGAAGCCUCUACGCGUCGCUCGUACAUUCUUGGGAACUUCAUAGCGACAACACGAUUGGCUAUAAACCUACAUUUGAUCAAUAUAUUCAACUCACUUGACUGGGACGCUCGAAAGAAAAAAGGUCGUCAAGCAAGAACCACUGUCAGAGAGAUAUCUGACCUCUCCCUCCUCACUCCCUCACCCACUAAAACUCAAUUACCAUCGAGAGAAAAAAAAGGCACUAGUUUCCUUACACGCAACAAAUCCAGAAAAGAUGCCGCCUACAGCAUCCCGAGUCUCGAAUCAAUUCGAACCCACCCCCGCCGCCGGAAUCGGAGAAAUGGUAAUUUGCAUCCAUUGCCAAUCCCAAAAACUACCCAAAAACAGCCUGCAGCGAAAAGAAGAACAUUUACGCAUCUGUCCCUCAUUUUCCCUUUCUCCCAUUGCAAACGAGAGAGAUGCCAAUGGACGCACAAUGCUGGAAGACAGUAUUGCGAGACGAGCAGAACGCACGAAACCGGGGAAUUUGAGGGCUGUGAGGGGAACGGGUGGGGUGGAUGGGAGGGAGCUUUUGAGAUUGCAGAGGUUGGGUGCUGCGUUGGCUUAUGGGAGUGCAGGGGAUGUGCAAGAAGGGAUUCAAGAGCGUGUGGAGAGGAUCUUGAGGGGAGAGGGUAGGAGAAAUGAUGAAGUCAGUGAUGGGGCUUCUUAUCAACAACAGCAGCAACAGCAAGACUCUCCCGAUCUGGACGAUUUCCAAACUUUCGACACACCGGCACCUUUUGCAGAUAGAGGAGGAGCCCGGGAAAAUGAGACAAUGGCCGCUUUGCUGGAAUCUGCCACGAGAAACACAACAGCAGUGCCAUCGAGCAAUAACGCAAGGAAACGAACACUUCCCACCGAUCUUCAUGACAGUCCUUCAAUCUCCCAGCGUUUGAGCAAUCUGACCAACAACAGCAACAGCAAUAACAACAACAACACACCGCACUCGGUGACCGUGGGACAAAACAAGAAGUUGAAACACGCAGAACUAUAUCUCGAUGAAGAUGACUUUGAUUUUGUAUCUUCGGCCCAAACGGCCAGAGAAGAAAGAUUUGCUGCAUUGGUGGAGAGAUUGGCUCGGCUUGUGAGGUUGAGGGAUAUGCGAUGAAUGGAAGAUGUUUCCUGGCAAUGCACGAAACGGAAGGGGGCCAACGUUACUUGUACUCUCGCAUAACGUAUACCCUAUCCCGUUGAAAGAAAUGAGGCCCGGGUCCGCGCAGUGUAGGCAUGAUUUAUAAGACUUCCAGCCUCCAUACAUAUUCAGCGCUAAGACACCGUAGAAAAUGCAAGUAACACAUCCAAAAAUCGCAAAACACCCUUUUAUUGGAGAGCACAAAGAUCAAGAUUGGAUCUCCGUAGACAUUCCCUCUGCAUCAAGCUCGAAAGCAUUAUGCCCUUCCUCCAGCUUUCCUUCAAUAUGCCAAAAAGGCCUUUCGUCCGCAGCUAGAACCAUCAAAAAGCAUUUUCC